AUGUUAGGCCGACAUACAACUAUUUUCAAUAUUGCCUUGUCGGCGGAUCAUAUGACUUUGUCGAAAGAGAUCGAGGCAUACACAAAAGAAAUGGGAAGCACAAUAGAGGAAAUGAAAUCUGAUAUCCGGGACACAGCUUUGGCAAUCUAUGAUCUCAAAUUACAGUCAAAAGAUACCGGCGAACUAGUUCGCGAAACGAAUGUUGUAAUCCAAAGCCUGCAGUCAGAGGCCGUUGCUCAGAGGUUGUGGAGGCAAAGACAGAUAACCUAUGCAGAGUCAGAGAGGCGGAAGUCUAUAAUUAACUGGUUCUACAAUGAGAGUUUUGAUAUAAAGCACGCCGAUAUCAUUGCGAUGAGGCAGCCGGGGACUGGCGAGUGGUUUUUCAGAAGACCAGAGUUUCAAGAAUGGGCCCAGAAGAACCCUAACUCGCCUAUUCUAUGGGGCUACGGUAUACCUGGAGCUGGGAAAACAUUUUUAUGCUCGAUGGGCAUGUUCCUGUUGGCCUAUGAUUAUAAUGGAGGGGCGAGUCUAGGAUCUGGGAAUCCAUACCCUGUACAAAAGCCGUUGCAUGUAGCAUGUUGGAUGGGACAUAAAGCGGUAGUAAAGGCUAUACUUGGUAUGGGGGCAGAUAUUGAGGCAGAGGACUGCAAGGGGGAGAGGCCGCUAUAUAUUGCCGCUGCUAAUGGACACACCGAAAUUGUUAAACUUCUCCUGGAAAAUGGUGCGGAUAUCAAUGUGGCAACGCGUGAUGGAGAUAGACCGUUACCUAUCGCCACUUUCAACGGAAACAAGGAGCUAGUGGAUCUGCUUCUUGAAAACGGUGCAGAAAUUUCGGAGCCAGGUAAAAAGGGAUAUACAGCUCUACACGUCGCAACGACGGCUAGAAAUGACGAAAUGAUUAGAUAUUUUCUCGAUCAUGGUGCGAGUCUUACAGCACAGACUGAGCUUGGGAUGACACCAUUACAUACAGCUGUGGGGAUGGGAUAUCUGGAUGCUGUAGAGCUUUUCCUUGACCGCGGUGCGGAUAUCACCUUGAGAAGUAAAUAUGGAGGGGGCACUCCACUCCACUGGGCAGUAGGAAGCAGCGGAAACGUGGCCACGGUCGAACUUUUACUGUCUCGGGGUGCGGAUAUAAAUGCCAGUUUUGAUGGGGGUGACACACCUCUGCACCACGCUGUAAUGGGAAAACAACAUGCUAUCAUCAAUUAUCUGCUCGACAAAGGCGCAGAAAUCGAAGCAAUCGGUGAAUUCGGAUACUCUCCAUUACAUCUUUGUGUAAGUAAGGGAGAACCAGACGUCUGUCAAUUACUCCUGGAUAGAGGCGCCGAUAUCUCAUCCAUAAUUCCCGAAAUUCCGGAUGUCAGACAUUCAACUUCAGUUCUGCACACUGCUAUCUGGAGAGAAACUGAGGUUGGAAUAAAAAUAGUGCAGCUUCUCCUCAAAAAUGGUGCCAAUGAGUCACUACGAAUUGAAUACGAAGAUGCAGUUCUAGACGAAGGACUUUCGCAAAACCUGAAUUCGAUGAGGAAGUUCUGGGCCGUAUUGCGUGAUGCAUAUCCCCUCCCUGGGCUGUGGCCAUAUGAGCUAGAAAUAGUGAAGAAAAAUGAAGAAAACAAAGAAAGGCAACGGAGAGAGUAUUAUGAAAGAGAGAAAGAAAGGAGAAGGCGGGAGGAGCAAGACGAGACUGACGAUGAGAGUGAGGACGAGAGUGAGGACGAGACUGAAGAUGAAAGUGAGGAUGAGGAUGAGGAUGUCAAAAAUGAUGAAAGUGAUGAAAGUAAAUGUGAACUUGUGAACGCAUAA